CUCAACAGCUUCCUUCUAUACCCCGCAUCUUUCCCAUAAAUUAUAUCUCCCGCAUCUCACACGCACCCCGGAGCGCUGAGAGCGUCGCCUAAAAAAAAGCUGAAGAAUGGUCCAGGCACGGCGGUUUCACUCGUACUUCCUGUUCUUCAUCCCCCUCACACAAGGUGUCCUUCUUGUGAUUAUCCUCGACUUCUGCAAAAACGCUGCGUUCUUUGCCCACCAGGCCCAGAACCUGUCCCCGACUACACCCACAGCUAUCGGGAAUGGACAACAGGUCGAACGACCCAAAGAUGGAGCGUAUCUUGCAGCACAAUAUAUCUAUGCGAUCUGGCUAAUAUCGAUGAUGCUCAAGGCCAUUGUUGGUCUGCGUGCAAAUCUGAAGUUCAAUAUUCGUUGGAUGGGAAUAUACAAUGUACUCUUUGGAAUCGACACAGGAUUUGAGUUCAUUCACACGACUCUCGGGGUGAUUUUCCAGGACGUGAGCCAGCUGGACGAAGCAGGAAUCAUUCGGCACUACUGUGUUGGCUACCUUAUUGUGAGUGCUGCAACAUAAUAUCAAGAUUUAAUAUUGCAGAUAUAUGGACUCUUUUGCUGCUGGAUUCAUCUCAAAUGGGUCAGAGUCGAGAUGCCUCAGCUGCUAGCUUCAACAGAACGCCAGGAAACCCUAUACGAGCUCAUGUUUCCGUAUUGCGUUGGAGCAAGGGCACGUAG